AUGAUCAACAUUCUACUUUUUGGGCUACUUGGUAGCCUUUCGACGGCGAGCAUCAUCGUACCGAUCAGCGACGUCGAGCCUCUGCCGAUUCGGAUGCACAAUGCCGUCUCGACGACGCGCGAACUAUUCGAAAGGAGCUGUCCCGAGGAGGUCUCUCCGAAGAACGCCUACAAGCCGCCGCAAGUACUCUACUCGUCAUACAUGGCUGACGAUGGGACUGGGAAGCUCUCUUCUGUCGACGGCACUAUCUUUCCUUCAUCGGGAAGCUUCGUGCGCGGCGCCAUCGACGCGUGGGCGCAACACCAGCACCUCGUUCUGCGCCCGGACGUCGUCUGGUUCGAGAUCCUCACGCAGCUCAACUUUUACAUGGCCAAGCACGCGGACGAGCUGCGCCACCUCUUCGUCGACAAGGCGGAGCGGGAGCAGAUCAUCGUCAGGGAGCUGGACUGGCCGAGCGUGGUGGGCGCCUUCGGGAAGCAUAUACAACAAAGGGUCAAGACAGACUGGCUGCUGGACUGGAUCACGCCAGGGUUCACGACCAGCACGGCCCACGACAACAUCACGGCGACGGUGCUCAUGAUGGGCCUCACGCAGCGCUACUUCGAGUUCAUUGGCGGCAUCCGCUGCGGCAUCCCGUCCGUGCAGCUGCUCGGCGAGCGGGCCGACUGGGCGCGCCUGCUGGACAAGCUGGAGCACCUGCCGCGGCUGGGCGCCGAGCCGGCGGCGUACGCGCGCGCGCUGCGGCCGAUCCUGAGCCGCUUCGUGCAGACGUGGGACGAGCCGGGGAGCGACGCGGUGAGGGAGUUUUGGGGACAGAUUGUGACUGCGGAUAGGGGCGUGAGCUGCGGAACAGGGCCGCAUGAAUUUUUCAUGUCCGGCUGGAUUACGGGGUUUCUGCACUGGAGGGAGGCGGGAGGGUUGCGCGUUCGCAAGGGGGAAGACGAGCCGAUGACGCCGGAGGAGGCGCGGAGGCAGGGGUACACGGUCGUCGGGGACGUGGUGUAUGUGGAUGAGUUGCUGGAGUCGCUGCCGGUUGGGUAUGCGAAGGCGCCGCUCAAGAUGCUGGAUUACCCGGAGGAAGGGGUGAAUACGAUGGCGUACGUGCUGGGCGGGAAUAUCGGCGUGCGGCGGAAGGAGUUGCUGCCGCCUCACCAGCAGCAGCAGCGGCAGCAGGAGGAGGAAAAUCGCCAGGAGAGGAGGCAGGACGACGGCGUCGGCGGUGAUGAUGCUGCGCGGAAGGGCGUGCUCGCGGAGCCGCUGAGCGGGUGGUUCCUGUACGGGCCCGUGGACACCAACGUGACGACGGGCGGGGACGGGUUCGGGAGCUACGACGAGCUGGUUGGGAUGUGGAGGAGCCUUGGGGCGGUUUGGCCGGGGGGGUUGACGUACCCUUGGGGGAUGGACGACCCGGAGGACCAGCAGUAUCUGAGGUGGCCGGGAGAGUGA